AAAAGAAUAAUAUUUAUCUCUCACUUCUCGUUGAUGGCGACUGUUUUGUCAGAUGACCUAAAGAAGCAUUAUAACAUGGUGUGGGAAAUUAAGAGUCCCCUGAGCACCAGCAGUAGAAUGUUGGAUAUCACAGGGCCAGAGGCAAGUAGAGAACAGGGCUUGGACCUUCUCCAGUGUGAAGAACACCUGCCCUCCUCCCUCGGAUGCCCCACCAGUGACAGCCACAUGGAAUAUGAUGACCUCCCGGAGCUGGAGGAGGUGGAGGAGGACCAGACAGCCCCCGCCGUGUUUCAGGUGGGGGCGGGGGUGUCCCAUCAGGAACGUGACGGACAUAGUCAUACGGCCGGGCCCCUGGACACACACUGGCUCACACAGCUAGCUCACAUCGCCACAGGCCCCCAGAGUCCCCUGCUACAGGGUUCCACUCAGGUCGUCAGGUCAACUCCCGUCCACAUCUUUGGCAUCAGUAGUAACCUCCAUUCCUACGCACGGCCUCCCCACACCCGGCCUCCCCUGACCUCCAGCAGCCUGCCCUCUAGAGGCCAACACAGGGAGCGCAGCAGGCGAGUCAGGGUCAGUAGUGAGUGUGAGUCUGCUGUGUCCUGUCACUCCUCUGUGUCUGAUGACGAGGACAUGGGCUGGAGCCACUCCUGGCCACCUACUGCAUGGCACUGCUUCCUCAAAGGCACUCGUCUGCGGUUCCACAAGGGUUCUAGUGUGGAGUGGCAGGAUGCUGAGAAACUGAUGUCAGACGAAGACUCAGACGAUGAGGCAGAGGCUAUAACCCGCCCCCUGAAGGGCUAUGGUCGUGAGGGCCUGAGGCUGGUGUCCCACACAGAGAGCCGGGCGUUCGGCCAGUCCGUCCUCAAGCUGACCUUUGACCCAGGUGCCUGUGGGGAGUGUCUUCUGUCCGCUGAGUGUCAGCUGGACCACCCGUUCUACGUCAGAAACAAAGGCUGGUCGUCGUUCAACCCCAGUCUGACUGUGGUGCAGUAUGGGAUCCCGUGCUAUGAGGUGAUGGUGGGAGACGUGUGUCUGCCUCCUGGACACAGAGAUGCCGUCCACACUGACGACUCCCUGGUGUUCGACACAUUCAGGAGUUAUGACUUCACUCCCCUGGACUCGUCGGCGGUGUACGUCCUGAGCAGCAUGGCCCGGCAGCGUAGGACCUCCCAGUCCGGCGGGGGCGCCGUCAGCCCCGACCAAGACACACACCGCAACAAGCUAAUUAAGAGCCAGCAGGACUCGGGAGCAGCCGGCGGGGCUUCGCCCACGAAGUGCAAGCGGCCAAUGAAUGCAUUCAUGCUAUUCGCAAAGAAGUUCAGGUUGGAGUACACCCAGAUGUACCCUGGGAAGGACAACAGAGCGAUCAGUGUGAUCCUGGGAGAGAAGUGGAAGAAGAUGCGAGGAGAGGAGAGAAGGAUGUACACCAUGGAGGCCAAGGUUCUGGCUGACGAGCAGAAGAGACUCAACCCUGACUGCUGGAAACGCAAGAGAACCAACUCAGGUUCCCAGGGGAACUAAGAGGCGCAGACACACGAGAGAGAGGGAUGAGGCAGAUGACAGGAGAAAAGAGAGGGAGGCGAUGGAGGGGAGGACAAACCGAGAAGAGGGGUGUAUGGGGGGAGGCAGUACAUGCUCAAACCGGCUACCACUCCUGAGCUGAGGAAGACGCACGCACGCACGCGCGCGCGCACACACACACACACACACACACACACACACACACACACACACACACACACACACACACACACACACACACACACACUUUAGAGCCAGCUACACUUCCUGUGACGUUACUCUACUGUGAUUCGGGGUAUGCUUGCUUUCUAAACAAAUAGAGAUUUAUGUAAGAAGAAAAAAAAUAUAUAGAUAUAUACAGUAUAUAUAAUAUACUAACUGUGCUUGAAUAUAGGAUAUUUUUUUAAUGUCCGACUUGCCUUAAUCUUCCAAAGCGAGAAUGUAUUCUUUUUAACUCAUUUUGAUUCAUUUCAGGUCAUUUCAUACCUUAUUGCUUGAAAAACAUGAGCCCAUGUGGUGCUGUAGAGUUGGGAAAGGGGAGGUGAAAACUAAAAGUCUAUUUUUCAACCAGAGAUCAGUCUAGGGAAUUAAAAAAAUGCUUCCGAUUAUUCUUAUGCCUAUAUUUGUAUAACUCGAUAUAUUAUUGCACAAAAAAAAACUAUUUUUGACUUUGUACAUGCAGAGGGGAAGGGAGGGAGGGGUGGGUGGGAUAUGUGCUUAACCUUGAUUCUUGCUGUAUUCCAAAUGGACACCUACCCCUUAGGCACUUAAAAACUACACUCAAAAACAAUAUUUUGGUAUUUGUUACAUUAGUCCAUUGUUGAUACCAACAUGUUUGCAUGUCAGCAGCUUUCAAGAUAUUACCUUUCAAGAAGCAAAGUGUCACUUGUCACAUCAUAGUUUUUGAUUGGAUGUUUCCUUUAAAGUAGAUCUUAUUUAUUCAUCUCAUAUCUACACUGGUGUCUAGUGGGUAGGGGUUGGUUUGGAACUGGGCAUAUCUUACCCGGGUCAAGUGCACUGGGUGUGUGACAAACGAAUAGGCCAUAUAAUAAUGACGUGUUAUAUUAUAAUGAUGUUAACAUACCUAUGGGACAGACAUGCAUACUCUCACUGCAAUUAUGCACAGCAUACACUUUAUUUUCUGUAUGACGGAUAUGUGUUGUGUACAUCAAUAUGUAACAUACAAUUCAAGUAUAGCUAUAUGCAAGUAUCAUUUCUGACUCAAUCUCAGUUUAACUAUCAAGAUUGUGAAAUUGAUUUGAUUAGUUUAUUUAUUUCUCUUCAUCAAUAAUGUACAGGUCUUCCUGAAACUUGUACCCACAAUGCUCUUGUAUUAUAGUAUAAAUAAAAGCAUGGAUUUAAACUUU